UUGUUUUUUAAUUUUUAUUCGCGUUCUAUUUUUGUGUGUGACGGUUCUGUUGAGUGGAAAGCAUUCUGUUUUGCAAAAAAAAUUGAAAAUUUGAUGAUUUUCACUUAGUUUGCCACUAAAUCGAUCUUUUCCUCCCGAUUGCGAUAGUUUUCACAAUGCAGAACGGAGAAGAAACGCCGGCGUCGACCGAAACAGCACCAGUGCCCGAGGAGAUAACGAAGCAGUCAUUCCGCGUGAAGAUAUGGCGCCACCUGGAGACCAAUGGGCUGGCCAUGUUCCCCCGCCCGGUGUACAACCGUAUCCCCAACUUCAAGGGUGCUGCAGAGGCGGCCGCCAAGUUGGCUGAGCUCGACGUGUUCAAAAAUGCCAACACGGUGAAGGUCAACCCUGACAAACCACAGGAGCCUGUGAGGGUAACGUGCCUGGAGAAACAGAAGACCCUGUACGUGCCAGUGCCGCGUCUGCAGAGCGGCUUCCUCAACCGCAUGGUGUUGCCAGAGGAGGAGACCAGGCCCGGCGCCAUAAGGAAGGCGGUGUCUCGGAACGGCAUGGAGACGUAUGGGAAACCUUUGAGUAUCGAAGACUCCGUUUCGCUAGAUCUCGUCGUGAUGGGCUCCGUCGCGGUCUCCAAGGAGGGAUAUCGUAUUGGUAAAGGGAAAGGCUACGGUGACUUGGAGUUUGGUUUGAUGAUGCACAUGAAGGCGAUCAAACCCAACACGCUGGUCGCUACCACUGUGCACGAUUGUCAGGUGUUCGACACAUUGCCAGCUCAGCUGUUUGGUCCACACGAUGUGCCCAUAGACCUCAUUGUCACGCCAACACAGGUGAUAGAAACCCAACGCAUGAGCCAACGGCCGGUGGGCAUCCUGUGGCACCUGCUGUCCAACCGCCGCCUCGAGCUGAUGCCGGUGCUGGGCCAGCUGCGCGAGAUCGAGAUGCUCGCGGGUCGAGCGUGCGUACUGAAGGAGGACGACACGGACAUUGAGGAGCGCACGGCGCAGCGCACCGGACAGCGCACGCGCCGCCAGCGCAGGCGCACGCGCUCGCACAAGAGCCAGAGCGAGGGCGAAGGCAACACCACAGAGGGCGAGGACGCCAAGUCGACGAAGGCGCGCCGCACGCCGCGCCGCCGCAACAGCACCAAGUCGCUCAGCAAGGAGGACAAGCCGCGCCGCCCGCGCCGCCCCAAGCCCGUCAUCGACUUCACUGUCAAGAUCUCAAACAUCAGUCCCAGUACGCGAGUGCGCGAUCUGAAGCAGGCGCUGUCUGAACGCGGCGUCAAACCACAAGUCAUGGUGUGGAAGGGUUUCCGUGGAUUCUGCUAUCUACAUUUCUUCAAGCCUAGCCCACCAAAGGGCGAAGGCGACGUGUACACACCACCGAACAUGGAGAGCGUCAUCUCUGCGCUGUCGGAGAUGUCUCUGGGCGGGUCGGGGGGCGCGCCCGGCGAGGAGCGCGACGACAAGCCACGCCUGCUGCUCGUGGAGCCCGCUCCCCCACGCCAGCCGCCGCAGCCGCCCGCAGACGUGCCCGCAGACGCGCCCGCAGACGCGCCCGCAGUCGUGCCCGUAUCCGCGCCCGCACCUGAGGUACACUGAUUCCCGCGAGCCGAAACAAUUUUCGACCCGACAGAGUACACUAAAUAAAAAAAAACAUAAUAUUUUUUAAUAAAUAUAAUUUGUAAAACACACAUAUAUUACGGUCGUUGCUCGCUUUAAUUUCGCACGCGGAGCCUCGACGGCCACUGUUGGCUGUCGCAUUCCGAUACUAAUUGUUUUAGGUUUAAGGUUGAUUUUACUCUGCGCCGGGCGUGUGACACUAAUUUUAACAAUACUUGUUGUUUUGAUACUGAACGUUAUGGUCAAUUUGAUUAUAAAAUAUUACAAAUCUAAAGGUACUUUUUACUUAAAACUUGGGUAUCGAGAGUUGUAAUACAUUUUCAAGUUUUAUUUUAUUCGAAAAAAAAAAUGUUUGCAAUCACUGGAACAUUGAUUGCAAACAUUUGAUGUUAAAUUUGUUUUUAAAAUGUUUAUAUAUCAUUAAAUACGUUGUCUGGAUUUUUCAAGUUUAAGUUAUUAAAAGAAGUAACAGGCCAGAACUGAUUUUUUAUUAUUUUAUAUAUUUUCAAGUAAUAUUGACUUCCAUACCUAAGUUUUAAAUAUUCAUACCUUACCAUUUGUGUUCAUACCUAUGUAGAUCUUUACUAUAUAAAUAUAUAUAUUUAUUUUAUGCACAAAGUAUUCUUGUGUAGGUACAUUAGUAUACGGAAUUCACAAUUAGUUGUAAUUAUACCCCUUUAUUAUAACCUCUUCUUCUAUCGUAUGUCAAAUUACUGUUGUUAGACAGAGAUAGGGUUACUAUUCAACCGUUACGUUUAUUACUAAAGUACUGUCAUAAUGAAAAUUUUUAGUUCAUACGUUUUUAUAUUUAUGUAUAUUGUAUAUACACCUUAUAUAUUGGAUUCUUUAUUAAUAUUAUACCAGAAGUGAGAAUUUUAGUUUCCCAUAUAUAAAGAACAUAAUUAUUAUGUUAUAUGUAUUUGGUUUUUUAUCUCUCUCGCACACGUACCCCGGCGCAUCUGUUUAGAAAGAGUGAGCUAUAUUUACAAAGAGUAUAAUUGAUAUAUCUUUAUGAAUGUUUAAGUUGUUCUCUAGUCUUAAACGUUAGAUUAAUAUAUAUUUAAAAGUAAAAAAAAAAAUAGUAAAAGGAAUUUACUCUGUUUUUUUUUUUCAAUGCUAAUGUGAGACUUGAGCAUUUCUUCCAUAUUUUGUUAAACAUAUUUUCUUAGUGUUGUAAGAUUUCGGUCGAGUAGAGAAGAUACCUUGCGAUGAGUUUUGUCUCCACUUUGUAUACGAAUGACGUCAUUAGUAACAAAUCAUCCAAAAUCGAAAUUCCAUUUGAAAAA